AUGGAUCCGCAGCUGUUAAUCCCGUCUUCGGCACCCAUCGACUUCAACUUUGACAGCACCUCCACCUCCCCGUAUGCCACCGCACCUUCAAGCCCCAAAAUUUUACUUUCCAAUUUCUUUUACAGUGCACCGACUAGCCCAGUCGGCGUUUCUCCGAUGAACCCAGAAGCUGAUGAUGAUUUCCAGUCCACAGAACCUUUCGAAAGUUGUGAUGAAAAUCAUGAACAGAAAAACUCGGAUUAUUAUGAAGAAGAUUAUGAUACAGAUUUUGCUUUUGAUUUCAGUGGACAGUUGGAACGGCCAUUGAUCUCCGCCGCCGAUGAGCUAUUUCACGGCGGAAAGAUCAAGCCGUUAGAUCCACAACCACUGCUACAAUCAUCAAAAGAUCUUCCUCUUCCCAGAUCACCGAAGUUAUAUCCUGUGAGUUACAAAAAGAAAUAUUCUGAACCUUUCUCAAAUGCAUUGAAUCAAAGCCCACGAGGAAGAGAAAGAACGAUUACCACCACCAGAAACAAAACAUCACAAUCCUUAUCUCCGAUGAGGGUUUCCGACAUAUUAUUAGAUCAUCAGAAGGUCUCAAGUACAAAUCAAUCAUCUCCGUUUGGUUUCAUGUGGUACAACAAAUGGAACCUCAAGAACCUGUUACUUUUCCGGAGCACAUCGGAGGGAAGUGCAGCAACAAGCGACGACCCAUUAAAGAAAUACGCGAUGAUAACGAAGGGAGAACAGGAUACAAGGAACUCAAGCUUUAGAAGCAGCGAUGGCUGUGGUUCUGUAGGUGGGUCGUCGAGGAGGAGGAGCAUGAAGAGGAAGGUUUCAGCCCAUGAAAUACAUUACACGGCCAACAGGGCGGUGGCGGAGGAGAUGAAGAACAAGACAUUCUUGCCGUACAAAUCUGGGUUGUUAGGUUGCUUAGGGUUCAGUCACAAUCUUCGUGAAGUCUCUCGAGGAAGAUGA